AUGGCCGAAACACGGCGACGCAGCAGCCGGCUCUCGGCAGCUGAGAAGAAAGCGUCAGCCAAGGCCCAGAAGCCAGAGGAUUCUUCCAGCGAGGAGUCCAGCAGCAGCGGCGACGACCACAGGGAUGAGGAUUUCGCUGCUGCUGAGGCACCUAAGAGUCCUACGCCCCGGAAGGGGACCAGCAAGUCGCCGCAAAAGAAGCAACGAAGCCCGGGGCAGCGCGCGGGGCAGCGACGGAGUCCUACAGCAGCACAAAAAAAACGCAAGGCAUCUUUGGAUGACGAUGCUGCGAAAGGAGGGGAGGGGGAAGCUCCAGAGAAUCAGGGGGAUCAUGCAGCUGCCGCAGCACCGGACGCGGCAGGCCCUGGUCCCUCUAGUAUUGCCGCCGCUGCUGCGCCGGCGGUGAAGCCCAAACCUGCGCCGAAACGCGGGAAGGCCGCGCCUCUGGCAUCGCUGCACAACCUGACGCUAUGGGACAUCAUAUCCAAGCACCCAGCAUCAGUGGAGCGUGCGGCUAAGGAGUGGGUCGAUCGGUACUGCCAGGACAAACUGGAAGCCACGUCGGAGCUGAUGUCCAUGAUUGUGCAGGCCGGCGGGUGCGAAAGCGGCGUCAGUGUGGACGACCUGGAGUCGGGGGAAAUGGACGACGUAAUUAAGCGUCUCGUGGAUACCAUUGUGCGGGAGGGUGGAUCGGAGCCGUUCAGAGACAAGAGGCUCCGGAACCUUCGGUCCGCGUACGAGGCCUUUUGGAGCGCUUUGGUUUCGGAGCUGCACGCUGCUGGCCACCUGCUGGACGACCACGUGUGUGACCGGCUGACCAAUCUGCUCAUCGGCUUGAGCGUUACUAAGAUCCGCGGCUACCGGCACGCGGCCACUCUCACAGCCGGGCUGCUGGUGACUGGUUGGAAACGUGUGAUUGAGAGCUUGCAGCGCCAGGCGGAAGUUGCUCAGAGCCAGAUCCGACAGCUCAAGUCCCUCUUGGAGACGACAUUUACGUCGGUCUUCGCCGUGCGGUUUAGAGACGUGGGCCCCGAGAUCCGGGCCGUGGUGGUCGACCUGGUGGGCCGCUGGAUCGGGCUGCUGCCCGCCACCUUCAUGGUGCACUCCUACCUCAAAUACGUGGCAUGGGCACUCAGCGAUAGGGACCCUGGGGUUCGUGUCGUGGCCAUCAGCCGUCUGCUAGAGUUGCUGGGAAGCUCGCCCAACGCGCCGCUCGCCGCGCCCGGGACACGCGUCGAGAUCCCCCCUCACUUGCCGCUGCUGCACGACUUUAUCGGACGCUUCACGGGUCGUUUCAAGGAACUGCCGUAUGAUAUAGACGAGGAGGCAGCUGUGCUUGGGGUGCGGCUGCUGGCCCGGCUGGUGGCUGUGGGCGCCCUCACGGACGCCCAGCUACCUGCCGCGGACUGCUACCGGCUGCUGAUUGACAAGCUGCCCGCUAUUCGGCGGUCGGCAGCAGAGCUGGCCGGCCAGCUGCUCCAGGAGGACGCGGCCAAGCUGGAGGCGCGGUAUGCACAGCGUGCCAAAGAGGCGGCAGAUGCCGCCGCCGCCGCUGCUGCAGCGGCGACAGAGGCCGUCAAGGCGGGCGGCUCUCGCCGGAGCGGACGAUCCAAGACAGCGGCAGCAGCGGCUGCUGGAAUCGCAGCCGCCGGUCCGGCAGCGGCGGCGGGGGGGGAUGCCGCUGCGGCGGCGGUGUCCUUGUUGUCGGAUCCCGAGCAGCGGAAGAAGGCCACCAUGCUCGGGGCACUCCUGGAGAUGAUGUCUCUGCUGCAGACCGGCCAGUCGUCGAUGCGGACGGGGCCCUCAGCGGCAGGCACUACGAGCGCUGCAACGACGGCACCCCUGGAACCGGAGCUGGUGGAAGACCUGGUUGACGCGCUCUAUGACAGACUGCCCGUCCUCCGGUCCUGGAAGCUCAUGGUGGACUGUUUGUCAGAUGACCUCCUGGCGCAGAUCUGGGGACCCACGGGUCUGGCGCACCUGAGCGAGUUGCUGGCGGCUGCCGUGAAACGCGCGCGUAACGGGGCCUCAGCGGCUUUGGACACCCGAGGGGGCGCAGCCAUGCGGCGACAGUGCGGGGACCGCGGGGAUUCCGUUGGGGUCAGUUAUCGAUACGAGGUUUUACGGUUACUUCCUGUCCAAGAGCAGGAUGCUGUGGAAGUGAAGGGUGUCGCUAGGGUUCUAGGGCCUAUGUAUGUCCACAAUCAAAUGGCUUUCGAUCGAGCGGUGCCCCGCUUCCUUUAUCAUGAGACGCCUGGGCAUGCCAUGCCAUGUUGUUCCGUCAUGUGCAAAUGCCUUACAUGCCUGUGUCCAUAUGUUAUUGGUGGUUCAAUCGUUGUUGUGCAUGCACCGUGCGCAUUUAUUGGCUGUAUAGUGCAGCUGGUGUGUGUGUGUACAUGUGGGUGUGUGUUCGUGCGUAACACAUGUGCGACAGCAUACCAACAUUCUCCAGCACACUGCUCGGUACGGCGUCCCGUUAACAAGGUUAACAAACUCGCGAUAAACAAACCGACUAAGAAACAUUGCAUUGAGCACGAGCUUACCGCGCCCUGUUCGGAUACCCUUCAGGGUGCUCGCGCUCGCGCUCUGGCUGCCGACAGUGAAGUUCUUCUGGAAGCCAGCCAGGUGUUGCUCACGGCGCUGCCGAGGCUGCUCCGCCGGCACCAGACUGACGAGAACGUGGCUUCCGCCCUUGUGGCGCUCACCCGCGACCUCAAGCUGGAGCUCUUCAGUCUGCGGGGUGAUGAGCCGGGCUGGCGGGCGUUGCUGGGGCUGGUGGGGGAGCAGCUGGCGACCCGUGGCAUGGCGGCGGAGCUGCUUACACAAUGCGCGGACACGCUGCUGUAUGCGGCGGCCUCAGGACCGCCGGCGCUGCAGCCCUCCGCGGAUGUGGUCCUUCGGGAGGUGUGCGAUCAGCUGGCGGCGGGCUUCGCCACGGCGGCGGCUGCAGUGCGCGUUAUGGACGAGCAAGACCUGGCGGAUGCGGUGUUAGACCUUGCACACGGCGAUGUGGGCGUCAAUGUGGAGGAGUUGGUGGCGUUACGGGUGGCGUUGCUGAGAGCACAUGUGGUGCUGAUCCGCGGUGGAGCCACGCUGGCUGCUGACCCACGGGUACAUGAUGCAGUGGACGAGCUACUUGCCGGCUGCGGCUCGGGCCGGUUCCUUGGGCCCGAGCUCACGGGUCUGCUGGCGGAGACACAGCUGAUCGUGUUGCUGAAUAACAUGCACCAGGUCUACACCGACCCGGGAGCUGCUGCCGCGUUACCUGCCGGAGGUCCAGGUCCCAGUGGAGACAAUGCUGCCAUUGCGGCAGCGCAGCAGUCCGCGGUGCAGAAGCUGCAGCAGGCACGUGACGCCCUGCUGUCGCACAUGGUCGCCCUGCACGCGGCCGCAGCCGCGCAGAGCGACGCGACGUUGGAGCUCGAAGACGAGGGCGGCAGCGGCGGCGCAAUGCAAGCGAGGGCUCAGGGCGUGGAUGGCAGCAUCGCCGUGCUGCAGGACGUGGCAUUUCGGGUGCUGAGUGACGUUGCUCUGGUGUUCGGAUCCAAGGCCUGGAAGGGCACCGCCAUCGAGCCGGUAUCUCUGCUGACGCUCAGCAGCCAGGUGGCGGACCUCAUGUGGCGCCAUUGCAGCGAGGUGCUCCGGAAGGAGGACACGGCAGUGGGGGACGAGGAGCAGGAUGGAGAGGAGGACGGGGAGCAGGACGGCGAGGCAGACCUGGAAGAUGACCUGUUGGACAAUCUGGCCGCCGGCCCGCGCGGUGCUUCAGUUGCCGCCAACAAGCGCGCGCGGCGGACUGCGGCAGUUGCGACCAAGAUGGCUGCGGUGGGCUGCUUGGGCCGCCUGCUGGCGCAUGACGUGUGCGGCGGCUGUCACCGCACCAUUGCCAUCCACCUUGUGGCCGAGUUCUGCAGCCAUGGGCCGGAGGUGGCGGACCUGAUCCGAGAUGUGUGUCGUGAGAUGGCGGCGUCGCGACCGCACGGCGAGAUGCCGCAGAUCUACACUGGCGCCCUUCGACAGUGUUGGGAUUCGGUUACCGCCGCGGGGGAUCUGGGGGAGGAUGAGGAGGAACAGGCACUACAGCGCUUUUCGGAACUCGCCAAGCACAUCGCCAGCAUGUAUGCAGGCCACGGCACAUCCCGCUCCGAGCUGCUGCACAUCCUGCGCGACCUAACCGCUGAGGCAUUCGUCGACGCACCCAACAACCUGGCCAUCCUGGCCUGGGGAGCCGCUUCCUUCGUGCCCAAGCUGGCGCCCGCGGAUGCGGCAACCCUGGUCAGCGAGCUGGAGGGGCGGCUCCACGGCAGCAACACGGCAGCAGAAGCGACCGGGGCGGAUGUUGGUACUGUUCCUGGCGCCGUGCAAGAUCUGGCACAUGACCGUGGCGAUCCAGACUGGGCGCCCAUGUAUCAUUACCUGAACCUGCUAAAGGGCAAGGCCGCUAAGGGCCGCGUGGCGCCACGUGCCCUCAGGGGCCCGUCAGCGACAACGCCGAAGGCUGCACGCAACCGCAAGAUCUCCUUCGCGCCAUGGCCCCACGAGCGCCACCACGAGGAGGAGGUGGAGGCGGCGGAGCCGCCAGCAGCGGAUUGGGCGCAGGCCGCCCAGCCACAGGCGCCAAAGAACCCUGAGGCGGCUGCCCUGGCUGCAGCGGAACCGGUGCCUGAGGAGGGCGCCUGGUUGCGCAAGGCAGUGCGGACACCUAGAAAGGCUGUGGAACCUGAGGAGGAGGAGGAGGACGAGGAAGAAGCAGUACCCAAGCAGCUGCCGGUGGCAACCCGCAGGCUGGUAGCAAAAGCUGAUGACGAACAGGCGGGCCGGCAAGAACAACGGCAACAACAGCAGCAGGGCCGCGGCAGGUCAAAGGCACCUACAGCUGCUCUCAAGGCAGCAGCAGCCGCCGCCGCCGUUGCUAGACCUGCGGUCAUUGUAGCUGAAGGGGAAGAGGAGCAGGGGGAGGACAAGGUGGACGACCACUUGGAGAAAGCGGACGGGCACGGCCGUGGCGGCCAGGCCGUCCAGGCCAGGUCAGGCACCAGGUCCGGGGCGGGUCGUGCAGUGGCGGGCCUGCGUCAUGUGGAUGUGGACGCCGGACCCCUCGACAGCCUGGCCAACACACACUCGCAGUCCCAAUCGCGGAGCCAAUCCCGAGGUCCUUCCGCGGGGCAGCCAUCGCUGCAGUCAUCACAGCAGCAGCAGCAUCUAUCGCUACGUGCCGUCAGCGAGUUGGACCCAGGCAUGGAGGUGGGAGAUGAUGAUGGUGAUGUGGAGGAGGAGGAGGGAGCUGGAGUUGGACAUGGGGCGAUGAUGCCGCCUUGGGAGGAGGAGCUGGAGGGCGACGGCCGUGGCGGCUACUACGGUGGCGAGCCGUCGGACCUCCGUGCGAUUACCCAAAGCCGUAUGAGGACUGCGUCAGGUGGUGUGGGCUCCGCCAUGCGAAGCGAUGACGGGGCCCAAGGGGGCAGCAAGGAAGUCGGAGCAGACGCGCACACUCAUUGGAACGAGGAGGAGGACGCUGAGGUGGCAGGCGAGGGUGAGGGCGAGGGUGAGGGUUAUGGAACCCCGGCUGUGCUGCCGACCGAGGAGGAGCUCCCGCCGCCGGCUCGGCGCACACCUGGGAAGCGCGUUCCCCCAGAUCCUGCCGCCAGGCGCGGUGGCACAAGGCCAGUGCCGUCCGUGUCCCGGACACAUGGAGUGACGUUGAGCCUGGCCGCGCUGACUGAGCAGACGGGGAGCCUGGCGGCGCGGAGUGAUGCUGAAUAUGGUGGAGAAGAGGACGGCGAUCACGCAGCAACGCACGACGACGGCGAGGUGGCGGCAGAAGAAGCCGCGGAGGAAGGGGAAGAGGUGGAGGAGGAAGAGGAGGAGGAUCCGGCCGCAGGAGCACAAGUCAACCAGAGGUCCUUUUCACGAGGAGUAAGCCUGGCGGCAAGUGAGAGCUGCGGGGCUGAGCCCCGGGAAGAGGACCUGGAAGAGGGGGAGGCGGAGGAUGGCGAGGACCGCGGGGAAGCGGAGGACGUGGAGGCAGGGGACGAGGAGGACGAGGAGCAGCAGGCCGUGUCCGUGCAGCCGAUGCCGCAUCUCAGCCGCAAACGCAGCCGACUUAGUGACGCCGACUCGGCGGGCGGCAGCGGGGCCGGUGAAGAGGCAGCUGACGAGUUUGUAAACGGCGGAGGGGAAGCCUCUGCCGAGGGGCUUCAGCCUCUGCCGAGCCGCUCGUGUGGUGUCACAAUCCUGCCUGCAAAGAGCACCGCAUUGUGCGGCAUUACGCAACGGACGUAA